AUCUCGCCAUCCACUCCCUCGUCUUCAUAGUGUCAAACGCUUCCCCUCAGCCGAGUCGAAAGCACCAAAAAUAGCAGACUUCAAAGAGAGAGCCAGAGAGAGAGGAUUUGCAGGAAAAAAAAAUUGAUUCAGAGAGAGUUUGAUGAAGCAAUAAUGGCUACGAGGACGAAGAUCAGUAGGAUUCUGAGCAGCUUAACCUUCAAAGCUCCCAGUUUCGCCUCCGGCUCUCGCUCAGGCGGAGUUGCAGGACAGUCUAAUGCGUCAUUCUCAUCGGCGGUGGCGGCGGCGGCCUCGUUGGAGUCGGAGGUUGCAGGUUGGAGACUGUUGGCUCUGAAAGACUACGAGGAUGACCGGCGGGCGCUCUACGGCGGCGUCACUCACAGGGCUCUCUUGGUCGACGCCGUCGGCACUCUCGUUGUGCCUUCUCAGCCCAUGGCUCAGAUUUACAGGCAGAUCGGUGAGAAAUAUGGCGUUGAGUACUCCGAAGCUGAGAUAUUGAACAGAUAUCGCAAGGCUUACGAGCAGCCUUGGGGUAGAUCUCGGCUUAGAUAUGUUAAUGAUGGGAGGCCAUUCUGGCAAUUUAUAGUCAGUUCUUCAACUGGCUGUUCAGAUUCUGAGUACUUUGAGGAGUUGUAUAACUAUUACACCACUGAAAAGGCAUGGCACCUCUGUGAUCCGGAUGCUGAAAAGGUUUUUAAGGCUCUUAGAAAUGCUGGUGUGAAGUUGGCUGUCGUGUCAAACUUCGACACUCGUUUAAGACCUCUUUUGCGGGCUCUGAAUUGUGAUCACUGGUUUGAUGCCGUGGCAGUGUCAGCUGAAGUGGCAGCAGAGAAGCCAAAUCCGACCAUCUUUCUGAAAGCCUGCGAGUUGUUGGGAGUAAAGCCUGAGGAUGCUGUUCAUGUAGGGGAUGAUCGCAGAAAUGAUAUAUGGGGUGCCAGAGAUGCAGGAUGUGACGGUUGGCUCUGGGGGAGCGACGUUUAUUCAUUCAAAGAGGUUGCUCAGAGGAUAGGCGUUCAGGUCUGAUAUUUCCCGGUCCAGCAGCAGGAUCGAAAAUGUUACUCUUGUAUAUAAGAGGCCUCUCAUCGUGAAUCUCCUCCUAAACAGUUUGUAUAUAUGCUCUCUGCUCUUCUGUAAUCUGUACGAGGGAGAUGAGGAAAUGACGAGGAUACACAGCCUGCUUGGCGGUAGGAUAAAUUCGCAAUUAGAUGGCCUUUGUUAGAAGAAAGAGCUCUUGCUAAGAGCUCUUGGUGUUUCUCUGCCAGCUACUAGUAUUUCGUGGCUUUGUUUAUAAUAAUAAUAUAAUUUGCAAAGUUGCCUGC